AUGCUUCAAGCCGACGAGUACCGUUCGCUGCUUUCAGUGCUUUAACCAACGUUUUCAAUUUUCUCUAUCGUAUUUCAACUAUUUUUGAUGUAUUUAAUUGUGAAGCACUCUCCCAAAAAUAUGAGUUUUCUUCGUGUCACAUUAGCACUCACAUCUGUGUCUCAAUUAAUUAUUAUUGUUUUGGCGUGUUUUCUAAAAAUACGGUUUGUUACAACAAAGAACCCUAUGGAAAUGUGGACGUAUGGAUAUUGUCGGUAUUUUGAGCCUUGGCUAUGCUAUACUUACCACCAAAUUGUUCAGGUAAAAAGACUAUUAUUGAUCUAGUUGAUUUUUAAAAAAAGGGUUUCAGCUGUGUCUUCUAGCUAGUAACCUUACAAUAUACGGAACAUUUUUUAUUAAAUACAUGAUAGUAAAAUCAAAGUCAAUGAAUAAAACAGUAAUAUUCAGCACAUAUAUUGUAUUUUACUUCCCACUUAUAUUGUCCUCGGUAAGUGUGAAAUCUCUCUAAAAUUGAAUACAACUUGAUAAAUUACAGAUCAUUGUCGUGAGUAUUAUUGAAACCCAAACGUUUAACUCCGAGUAUGAAGAUAAACUAAAUUUUGUGAAUUCAUUGAGAAUUAUUAACGCGGAUUAUCUUAUUUUUUCGUUUUUAAGUUUCUCAAAUUGGCUUAAUUCUUGCAAUUUGUUUAUUCUCGCGUUUUGCAUGUUUGCUGCUCCGGCUGUUUGUUAUUACUGUCGAAAGUAAGUUGGGUCAAGACAAACGCCAUAUUUCAACAAGUGUUCAACAUUCAAGCAAGUUUAUAGACCAAUCAUGGCCAGUUUUUUUUUUCAGUUUCAAAGCUUUGUCGAAACAUUCUCAAUCAAAAAAUUUAGAUAAAUCUCAAAAAAAUUCACCCAAAACUAAUUGUUCAAGCAGAAAGAACAUUCUAGAGCAACCGGGAAUUUUUUAAAUAGGCAUUUUUUAUACUGCGAACAGAAUUUUGCCGUUUUCUUUUAAUGCCAUAGUAAAUGCUCAGGUGUGUACUACACACUUCCGUAAUUUACCCACAUCCUCUACUCUUCAAUUUAAUAAUUGGAAUGAAAAACCUCUUAGGCUUUUCAGAAAAACGCUAGAUCAUAUUAAUGGUCACAUCGCAAGUAUUUCACUUGCACGACAAUAUCAACAUAAAAGUUUUAUCAUGGUAACUUUUUUUUUGGUAUAUGUAGAUUUAUUCAACUUCUGUUCAGGAUCUCACUAUUCUAUUAGGUUGAGCAAAAAGUCUUUGCAAAAUUUGUACUUUUCUUCAUUUCUCAGCGUUAAUUCAUUUUUUUCUGAUUCUGUUUUUUUAUUUGUAUAGUACGUAAUGUGCAUGUUUAAUGCAUUUGAAAAAACUUUUGGGUGCUGUUCAAAAUGACCGAGAAUUUGCUCGCCGAACGCCACGUCCUCCUAGGAGUUUUUCUGUACGAGUUCCUCCAAGGCUGCAAUUGCAACGAAGCUCGUCGUAACAUGUGUGCAGUGUUAGGCAAUAACUCUGUCACCUACAACACCAUGAAGUUUUGGUUCGAAAAGUUCACGAAAAAGAACUACGAUCUCGAUGAUAAACCAAGAUCAGAUCGCUCUCGUUCGGAUAUCGAUGAGGAUAUUUCGAGAGCCCUGGAAGAUGAUUCAAGAGCAACGUCACGCAAACUUUCUGCGACUCUCAAGCAUCUCCAAAGAACCAUCAUCAAGCAUCUCCAUAGAACCGGAAGGGUGCCAAAGUUCGGUCAACUUGUUCCUCACAAAUUGUCCGAUUCUCAGAAAAAUUGCUUUGUGACCUCUCUCUUUCGCUGUUCACUAGGAAACGAACGACGGACUGGAUUAAGGAUAUCAUUACUGGAGAUGAUAAAUGGGUAUUAUAUGUUAGCCAUACCAGGAAAAAAGAGUGGGUCCCGGUCGAGGAAACCGCGAAACCUGGCAUCAAGUGAGAACUUCAAGGAAAAAAGUGCUUCUCUCAAUUCGGUGGGACAGUAAGGGUGUCAUUUCCAGAGAGCUUCUUCCAAACUUUGCUACAAUCAACGCUGGCCUAUACUGCAUUUAAUUGAAAAAGGUGGUCCAUGCUCAUCGAUUACAUCGCCCUAGAGGAUCAAAGUUGUUGCUGCUCCAUGACCACGCAAGACCGCAUACAACUUUGAAGACCCGCCAGAAGCUCCAGACCCUCAGAAUCCAAUUUUCGUCUCACCCACCGUAUUCAACGGACUUGUCUCCUACUGACUACUAUAUGUUCCGCCCUCUCCAAAAUCACCUUGCCGGGCAGAAGUUUCAUGAUCGAAAGGUCGUCGAAACUGGGUUGGACGACUUCUUUGCCUCAUAAUCGCAGGAGUUCUAGGCGGAGGGUACUGUUCAACUUCCAUUGUGUUGGCAAGAAGUCAUAAGCAUUAAUGGUAAAUAUAUUACCCAUUGAAUCUUGUUCGCUUUGAAAAAAUACUACUUCCAAAAAAAAAAUCAAAAUUUUGCAAAGACUUUUUGCUCAACCUAAUAUGUAUACUUCCUUGUGUGAUGUAUAUUCCUAUUGAGCUUUUGUAUUACUAUUGUAUCAGCACGAAAGUGGAGAUAUUGUUUCUCGAAUUUUCGUUCUCGUUAAUUGUUGCAUUUCCUACAAUGAUUGAUCCUCUCAUAUCUAUAUAUUUUGUCACUCCUUAUCGAAAGCUGGUGACAAAAUGGGUUCAAAAAGAAUCAGUGGGAAGUAGAGUAAAUACAAUGUAA